CUCCUCGACUAGAUAAGUUGCAUUGAAAUAUAAAGAAAAAGAUGGGUUUAAUGCGAUCGAUGCUUCCAAAUGCAAAGCAAAUCUUCAAAUCACAAUCUAUGAGGAACAAAAAUGGAUCACCAUCGUCAACUUCAGGGCUUGUUCCGAAAGGUCACGUAGCGGUUUAUGUUGGAGAAAGAAUGGAGAAGAAAAGGUUUGUGGUUCCGAUAUCAUAUUUGAACCAUCCUUUAUUCAGAGACUUUCUAAAUCGCGCAGAGGAAGAGUUUGGAUUUCAUCAUCCGAUGGGAGGUUUGACGAUUCCUUGUCGAGAAGAAGCGUUUCUUCAUCUUAUUACUUCUCAUCAGCUGCAUUGAGGAACACAUUGAUUAAUUAAUUAAUAGUCUUAAGGGUUUUGUCGUUUUGGUGAAGUCUUUUUGUUUUUUCUCUCUUUAUGCGGAGAACUACAUAAAGUUAAUUAUGUGUGUAUAUAUAAUAUGACACUCCGGAGCCUAAGUUGUAUGUCGAAAUAUGAUUCAGA